AUGCAGUUCUCAAGGCUCGUUCUGCUGGCUCUUCCAGCCAUCUCACUCGCGGCACCAGCUGUGGUUGCUCGCCAGGAUGACACCCAGUCGAGCGUCGUCAUCGAGAACUUCGUUGCCAAUGCCAACAGCACCAUCAGUCAAUUGAGCAUUUUGCAAUGCAAUAUCAAAGGAUGCGUUGAGGCUCUUGCACCUCUUCUCGCUGCGUGCGCCAUUGCUGCGGCUACCGAGGGUAGAGAUACCGCGAAGGACGCUACUUGCGUGGCCGAUGCUUACCAGGACCUCAGCCCCAGCAAGAAGCCAGCCGAGUGCAACCAUUGCUACAAGUAG